AUGCUAAGCGUGUUUGAUUUUAGCAUUCGAAAGGAACAUGUCCGAAAGCAUGAUGGCUUGAUAUAUUUCUGUCAAUGGGUAUGCUGGAGAGAAGGCUAUCGUGAUAAAAGACAUUUUGGUAGAACCAAUGGAGUAAGGAAGGAAAGAGCAAUUACAAGAGUAGGUUGUAAGGCAUCACGCACAGCAGUGAAGGAAAAGAAUGGUAAAUGGAUUGUAAAGGAGUUUGUUGAGGAGCAUAACCAUGAAACUGUUGCUUCCCCAAUGGUUCAUUUGCUUAGAUCGCAUAGAAGUUUUGGUGAUAUUGUGACAGCUCAAUUAAAGAAUUUGAGAAAUGCAGGCGCACCAACAAAUGUCGUGAUGUCCUAUUUAACUGAAGAAAUAGGAAGAAAUAGAAAUAUUGGAAUCACCAGUAGAGACUGCAAAAAUUGGAUGGGUUCUGAGCGAAAGAAUAUUCCUAAAACAGGUGAUGAACAAGUUGUAUUAGACUAUUGUGUGCGAAUGAAAGAUAAAGAUACAAAUUUCUUUUACGAAUUUCAAGUAAAUGAUGAAAAUCGUAUGACAACUUUGUUUUGGGUCGAUUCACGAGCAAGGAUGGAUUAUGAUUGCUUUGGUGAUGUGGUGAAAUUUGAUACGACAUACAAGACAAAUAGGUAUGGUAUGCCAUUUGCACCAUUCACAGGAGUAAAUCAUCACCGACAGCCUGUCUUUUUUGGUUGUGCAUGGUUGUUAGAUGAGACGGAAUCUUCAUUUAUUUGGUUAAUUCAGACAUGGUUGAAAGCAAUGCAUGGGCGCCAUCCCGUCUCUAUAAUUACAGAUGAAGACGCAGCCAUAGCAGGAGCAAUUGCAAAGGUGCUACCAAAUAUACGUCAUUGUUUUUGUUUGUGCCACAUCUCUCAAAAUGUGGCUAAGAAUUUAUCACAUUUAUAUAGGAAAGGUAAUGAUUUCGCAAAAGCAUUCUCUAAAGUGGUCUCUACAAAAGGUUCAAUUGAAAAUUUUGAAUCACGUUGGGUGUCAUUGCUAAUAGAUUAUAAUUUGAGUGACAAUCAUUGGCUCCGAUCAAUGUAUGAUAAACGUCAUCAAUGGGUGCUGGUAUUUCUGCGAGAUACUUUCUUUGCUAACAUGUUGAUGACAAAAAGAAGUGAGUCUAUGACUAACUUUUUUUAUGGUUAUGUUCAUGCAAAGACCACUUUUCAUGAGUUUGUUAAUCAAUAUGAAAGAGCACUUAAAGAUCGCCGUGGGGCUGAAAUUGAGGAAGAUUUCAAGGCAAUUCACAGUGAACCAGUUUUGAAGUCACUGUCACUCAUGGAAAAAGAGGCAGCACAAAUAUAUACGAUAUCAAUGUUUGAAAGGUUUAAAAAGGAAUUGGACAAAAGAGAGCAAUACAUUGCAGAGAAAGUUGAAGAGAAUGACACAAGUUGCAUAUAUAAGGUGACUAAAUAUCAAGAGAAGAUUGAAAGAUCUUCAGAAGAAAACAUCACAACAUACAGUGUCACCUUUAACACUUUGGAGACUUGA